UCCGCAACUUGUGUUUUCUAUAAAAGAAGUUACUUGCUCCGUUCACUGACACCCAUUGUCAAUCCCUCAAGAUGUCACAACGUCCGGCUUUUACGAAAUGGCUAUGGUGCCUGUUUGCCGUCUACGCAGGACCGGGCUGGGGCCGGGCCGUAUCCGUCCGGACCCCACCUAAGAACCCUACCACCAUCGAGGCUCAGGCGAAAUUCUUUCAGGAUUUUUUCUCAGUACAGUUGAGUCCGUACAAGAUAGAGUUUGGGCACGUGUGUGAGGACCCCGAUACAUGGCAGCAGCGUUACGAGAGGAAGGACUUUAAGAACCACAGGGACAUGGGGAAAGUACGUUGGGGUGACAAACAUGGGGGAUACGGAGAGCAUUACUGGGACUUGAACCAUGCUGGUCACGCCGCCAACCAUGGCAAUGACGAAUAUGAUGGUUCAGAUGAUGACGGCUCAUAUAACCACGAGUUAGACCAUGCCCAUGAUGAUCACGAUACUUAUGAUGAACCCAGUGAACAAGUACCCUCGUAUGGAACAGAAGAAUACGAUUCAGAACAGGCAGCGAAGUAUGAUGAAAACAACAGAGCUAAACGGGCUCAUCCUAGAAUCAAAACUGAAAGAAAAUUUGUACGGCAUGAAGAAAAUGAUGAAGAAACGCCAAAAGAAAAGUUCUACCGGAAAAUUAAACAAAGACAAGCUCCUCAAGAAGACGCAGUAAAGGAAGCUGAACAAAAACAACAACCUAAACGUAAAAGAAGGCAAAGGAAACCAGAAAACGAAGAAGACUCCACAAAACAGGCUCUUAGUCAAAAGGGAGAACAAAAACCAGAACACAAGUAUUUCGUGAAUGAAAAUGAAGAACAAAACGAAUCGGAAAAGGAGCCGCAAUAUUACGUAAAGAAAAACGAAGGUCCAAAUAAACAACCACAAUAUUACGUGAAGAAUAAAAAUGAGGAACCAAAGGAACAGCAACCACAGUAUUAUGUAAAGAAAAAUGAGGAGCCAAAGGAACAACCACCACAAUAUUAUGUAAAGAAAAAUGAGGAGCCAAAAGAACAGCAACCGCAGUAUUACGCGACAAGGGCAGAAAACCAGUUUGUUCCUUAUGAACAGGGUGCGGGAGUGAGACAACAUCAGCAUCCUGAGCUGACGCCGGCAGCUUCAGCCCCCAGGCUUUUCUUAGAGCCCACCACUGGACACGUUGUAGACAGAGCUACAGGCCAAGCCUAUGUAUUACAGCCGAUAGCUGUCAAUAAUUAUAAUUAAGUAGAUUAUUUAGUGAUAGUUUUACUAAUAGGUAAUUUAUUUUGUUAAUAAAACGACUGUUGAAAUAA